GGGAGGGGAACAUGAACCAGGAGGACAAAGUCCUGCAAGAGGGGAAUAAAAGGAGCUUGAGACCUGUUUGCCACCACUUGUCCUCACUACCCCAGGUCUAGCACGUCGAAAGUCAGGCUGUCAAAAGAUAAAAUUCAAAUCAACACGAUGAACACCCCAAAGGUUGCGGUUUUUCUUGCGGGUUUUGUUGCUAUUGCAUCUGCCCAGCUUGGAGGCCUAGGAUCUCUGGCUCCUCUGAUGAUGGCCCGAGGUGGAGGUGGUGAGAUGGGCGCCAUGUUGCCAAUGUUGAUGAUGAUGGGACAGGGUGGUGCUGGUGGCGGCGGUGCUGGUGCCGGCGACCCAAUGAGCAUGAUGUUGCCGAUGAUGAUGAGCUCUGGCAUGGACAUGACCAACAUGAUGCCGAUGAUGAUGAUGAUGAACGGCAUGGGAGGCGGCUCUGGAGGAGGAGCAGGAGGCGGUAUAAACCCCAUGACGCUGAUGAUGAUGAAUCGCGGUGGAAUGAGCGAGAGCAUGAUGCCCAUGCUGAUGAUGAUGAUGAUGAAUGGCGGUGGCGCUGGUGGACAUGGCGGCGGCGGCGGCGGGAUGGCCGACCCCAUGAUGCUCCCGAUGAUGAUGGGCAUGAGUGGUGGAGGAGCUGACACCAUGAUGAGGAUGCUGCCGCUGAUGAUGAUGAACGGCGGCUUAGGGGGCGGUGCUGGCGCAGCUGCCGAUCCCACUGCAGCUGGAGCGGGAUCCGCUGGACUCUUGGGAGGAGGAGGUGGUCUGUCUGGUGGCUUUGGAGCACCUGCCAUAUAAAGGAUGUUGUCUGGGUAUGAAUGCGUUUGUGCGAUCAAAUCGUUCGGGAAGGGGAGGGGGUUGACCAUGCUGAUUGUCUAAAGUACUGAACACGCUAAUUGCCAACAGAAGCACCGCUUACGAUUUUUGCACAUGCUCGGGAAGGGAAUCCGCUUGACGGUCCAAAAGUCAUGCCCGGAGGGCACAUCAUCCUUUAUAAGUGUCAUGCUCUAAAAGUCGUUUCAUGCCACUAAAAAAAAAGAAAAAAACAAACCAAAAACGACAACAAACAAAAAGUCCACGAGACAGAGGUGAGACAGCAACGUUUAGAGGAUGAUGAGAACCAACCAGAUAAAUUCUGUGUUGGGCUUUUGAGCUAACAACGUGCGUUUUCUUGUAGUGAAGGACAAGUCAAAAUCAUGGCAGAUAAGUUCCUUGGUUUAAGCUACAACGACGAUCGUAUAUCAGUCUGGAGCAAUUUAUUUCCUUGAUUGUUUAAAAUUAAUAUUUUUAAUAGGUUUUAUUUCUCUCUACUUCAGUAAGACCUAUUGUAGUUGGUUACAUACACAGUCAUAUGCAUACAAAUCCGCCCUUCGCCCCCACUGACCCGCUGACCCCAAAGUGUACAAGUCAAGAAAGGACAUACCCCUACAUCACAUUACAAUCACUAACCAACUCGUAUACCUAAUAGCAAAAAAGUAGAUUUGUAAAUGUCUCUGGGAAUAAGGGUUUUCUAAAAUUUAAUAAAAUGGCAAAUAAUGCAAGUAAUUUAUUGGGUUUUUUUUUUUUAAAUUUAUUACUUGAUUUGAACUGUUUGUAGAAGAUUUUUUUUUUCGUGAAUUGUAACUUGUUCAUGUGACUGAGGUUUCAAAACCUAUAUAUAUAUUUAUUCAAUCUCUAUUGAUACGGCAUUUUCGUUUCAGCCGUGAACAUGGGUUAUUGGUAGAUUUCAUUGUCAAUGUUUAAAUUUUCAAACUGGAGGUUUGUGAUGCGUGCAAGCUCAUUGAUCUUACUGCCAUGCUGAAAACAACAUCAAACUCCGUUCUUGAAAUAAAAAACAAUCUUCAUUCUUU